AUGGAGCUGCUGAGGGCUCCGCAGCAGCAAAAGCUGCAGCCGCUGCCGACGACGCCCGCCCGCUGUCUCAGCCUUCCAGCAGCAGCAGCAGCAGCAGCAGAAGCAGCCGCAGCAGAAGCAGCAGCAGCAGCAGCAGCAGCAGCAGCAGCAGCAGCAGCAGCAGCAGCAAAAGCCAUGAUGCAAAUGGCAAAGCAAGAGUUUUAG